AUGGAGCAACACGACUGGUCUAGUACGUUCUCACCUCCAGACCGCGAGAUGUUCUUUGGAGAUUUGAACGAACAGAUUGUGCAAACUGAUGAGCGUACGCCUAACCAUCCCUCGGUAGUGCCUCCUCCUCCAGCUUCAACAGGCUCCAAUGCCUCAGGUCCAAGGAGUGCAUCCGUAUCACAGUCGAAUACUCCUGCAAAUUUCUCAGAGCAGGACCAAUACUUUCUUCAACAAAUAGAAAAUAACCUCUAUGACAGCAACUCAGGAACUCCUUCAAACCAACCGUCAAUAAAAACAAGUGGUCCUGGCACUUCAAGGGGCACUCCACAGACGUUUGACAAUCUUCACUUUAUUCUUCCGGAAGACUUACAUUACCAAGAAGGUCAAUCGUAUAACCAACCACCACCAACACAGUCAACUCAUCAACAAAAUAGACAGAAACUGCUGCCUCAUUCUCGUUCCCAACAGCAAUUUCACCACCACCACCACCACCAACAACAACAACCACCACCACCACCAUCGCAGACAAAUCUCCAUAUGCCCCAAAUCAGAAGGAAUAUGCUGCUGCUGGGUGAAGAGCUUCAUCACCAUUCGACUUCUAUAUCAGGGGCAUCGACAUCCACCGCGUUCCCUCCUUCGAUACAACCGCCUCAGACCCCAAGCAUGCUUGCCAACAAAUCAAUUCAGAGACUGGUGGAACAUACUCCAAAGGCAUUUGCAUCACCCAUUUUGCCAGGUCAAAACGAAAAGUCGUACAAUGACCAACAUUAUUUUCAUAAGCAUCAUAAUCAUCGUAAUUCCACCGAUGGUCUGCUGUCUUCCACUUUCCAACAUCAACCACAGUCACAACAUAUCAGACCCGAUGCCAUUUUCACUCCAUUGGUUUCUCCAGCUGUAACACCCUUAGAAACUCAAGUGAAUCUGAAUAAGAGUGGUGCCUCUGGUGCCGGGUUCCCUCCUUUACAAGCGGUAUUUGAACCGCUCACUUCACCGGCUUUGAAUGCUCAACAGGACAAGAGAAGAACUUCUUCUUCGCUUUAUGGACCCACUGAUGAACCGAAAUUGAAUACAUCGUCCAAAAGAAGAACCCCCCACGGGACACCAAUCCUCCUGGCCAAUAACAGCAGUAAUAAUACUUCCAGUCGUUCUAAAAAGUCCCCUAUGGUGAAACCUAAAUCGGGGACUCCAUCGUCCUCUUCAGUGAAAUCUCCAUUGACUACAAUGUCCCCCUUUGAUAAGCUUCCCGAAGCUGCAGGAACACCAACAUCUGAUCAAUCUCAAUCUCAAUUCCAACCACCACCAUCAUCACAACAUUCACACAUUCGAACGAGUAAUGAAUCAACUCCUAUGCUCCCACCGCAGAGUAAAAAAGUUGAAAUCAAGAAGGAAACCCCAGCUGCAACCAUGAUGGGGUUUACUAUGGGUCGUCUAGCAGAACAACAAACGGAUAAUAACAGCCACACCAAACCAAGAUCUUCAAGAGCGUCUUCCAUAAGUUCCAGAAUCCUUCCGAAAUCAUCGUCUUCAAGUGAUACAUCUCCAGUAUUGGAAGGAAGUGAUUCUCCUAAAAUAAACGGAUUAAGCCGAAGCAACUCGAAGCAAAUGCCCACUAAAAAGGCGUCUCAUAAAGUCGCAGAACAAGGCAGAAGAAAUAGAAUGAAUGUUGCAAUCCAAGAGCUUUCGCUGUUGAUUCCUCAAUAUUACCACGAUGAUGUUUCCAUCCCAUCAAAGGCAACCACCGUGGAGUUGGCGUCCAAAUAUAUCAAGAACUUGCUUAAAGAACUUGACAGUAAAAAGAGGUAA